AUGAUCAGCUUUACCAAACACGAAGGUGCCGAAAUUACGAACGAUAUGAUGCAUGGUAUCGCUACACUUUUCUCAGAAAAUUAUGGCAUUUGGGGUACGGCUGUUGAAGGCAGGAGGCAAGGUCAACGCGUACGCUCCAGCCCUGCACGCCUAAAAUCCGACUGCUUGCCCGAAGCACCUGCUCGUAAUUUUCUUGUGCAAGCCAAAGACGCUGAUGUUCUGAUCGGUCAUGUUCUUGCUACCCGGUGGGCUUUUGAAGGCCUCGACAUGUGUUGGAUCACUCAGCUUUGCAUAUGCAAGAGGUACAGGAAUCAAGGAUUAGCGACAAAACUCCUGGCCAAGCUAAGCGAGCAUGACAACGACGGUGGUUACGGUAUCCUGUCCUCUCACCCGUUUGCAGUAUCGGCCACCCUUCGUGCGCUCGGUGGUGGGCUUGACCAGGUCAAAGAAUGCACCAUCAGCCCUCGGAUAAGAGAUAUCGUGGCAUCUUGCCCUGUCAACUAUGUCCGCACUGCUAAACUCCGUGGCUCGUUGUUCGAUAGCGAAGUGACUGAUGGCACAGUCUCAUGCGCAGAUACUGGGUUCUUUGUUGACCACGCAGAAUCUGACACCGCGUUAGAUGAAAUCCAGAGAAAAGGUAUCGAAUGGCCUUUCGGGAGACUGCCAGAAGGACAUGAAUUUCUUGUCUUCAUAGAACGCUCAUGA